AUGAGGGUUACCACCGCAUUGCUCCUCGCCACGGCUGGCCUGGCCGUCGCUCAACCGCAUAACAAGCAUCAACACCUUCACAACAAGCGAGUACCAAGUGCCGCCGCCGAUGUUGUGGUUCCUGGUCCGACCGUCGUCGUGUACGAGUUGAAUGGCAAGCUGAUCUCCGCCGACGACGUCCGGGCUGGAAUCCGCAAUGGCUCGCUCGUCUGGGCCGGCGAUGGCGAGCUGGAGUCUGCUGCUCCCUCUCCGGUAGCCUCGAGCACGAAGGAACCAGCCAAAGAGACUCCCGCACCUGUUCAAGCGCAAGCGUACCCCAAGUCCUCGACCGCUCGGCCUGCCCCGUCAGAGGCAGCGCCAGCUCCCUCAAGCGCCGACAGCCCCAAGCCGAAACCGUCAAGCGAUUCCGGCCACGGCUCGGGCAAGAAAUCAUGGAUGCUCGGCGAGGGGCUCGGCCGGGACUUCCCAGACGGCGAGAUCGACUGCUCUCAUUUCCCGUCAGAGUACGGUGCUAUCCCAAUCAAGUGGGUCGGACUCGGCGGCUGGACUGGUGUUCAGAGCCCUAAUGUCCGCGCUGCUGGAGGUUUCGACGACAUCAUGAGCGUUACCACGGCUCAGUGCAAGAACGGCAACUGCUGCCUGGAAGGUGCUUUCUGCUCUUACUCAUGCCCGCCUGGCUACCAGAAGUCCCAGUGGCCUUCUACCCAGGGUCUCACUGGCCAGUCUAUUGGUGGCAUUCUUUGCAAGGGCGGAAAACUUUACAAGACCAACUCUGCGCUGUCCAACAAGCUCUGCAUGAAGGGUACCGACAAGGUCUCCGUCAAGGUCAAGAACACCAUGAAUGAGGUGGCUGCUGUUUGCCGUACCGAUUAUCCAGGUUACGAGGCUGAGACCGUUCCCGUGAGCGCUGGCCCAGGUGAAGAGUGGGAUCUUACCUGCCCUGAUGCGGCCAAAUACUACGAGUGGAAGGGCGCCUCUACCUCCGCUCAGUACUACGUCAACCCCAAGGGUGUCUCCAUCGAGGAUGGCUGCCAGUGGGGCUCACCUGACAAGCCAUGGGGCAACUACGCUCCUAUGAACCUCGGUGUUGGCUACAAGGGCGGCAAGGCCUGGCUAUCCAUCUUCCAAAACGCGCCCACUACUAUGGAGAAGCUUGACUUCACUGUUGAGAUCGUCGGCGACGACAUCAACGGCAAGUGCAGGUACUCCAAUGGCCAGUAUUGCAGCGGGAAUGAUUACAGCAACUGCAACUCGAAAGAAGGCUGCACUGUUGCCGUAAAUUCCGGCACUGCCACUUUCGUCUUCUCAUAA